AUUAACGAUUCAAUGAAAUAAUUACCAAAAGGUGAUAUACCUAUAAAUCCCCUUACAGAUUAAUCUGUUGAUGAAUACAAGUAUCCGCUAUACACUAACUAAAACUUAAUGGAAACUGUUCAAUCUCAUUCAUCCUUCAAACCAUAACUUUACAAACAUUAGGAUCUGUAUGAAGAAUUGAUUCGCAAAGCCGAAACAAGCAAACCAGAACAAAGACAUCUUAAAUGGAGAACAAAUAUCCAUUUAAGAUUAAAUGAGGAAUACAAUGAAUUGCAACAAAAGAAAGAAUUAUUGAAGGUGAAUUAUUAAUAGUUAGAAUUAUAAUAAUGUUCAUUCUAACCAUCGAUCAGUAAUAAGAGUAAGUAAAUUGGAUCCUAUUUUGGCUCUUCUCCUCGUUAUAUGUCACCAAAAUCAUUUUAAACAUAAACAUUCCUCCCCUAAACUAAAGAAAUCAAACAAUCUAGCAGGAAAAGUAAUAAAGAGAACAAUCCAUAAAAUGUAUGGGAUAGGCUAUCAAAAUAAAAAGAAAGUCGUCAAACUCCCCAGUCUUUUCAGUUACAACCACAAUCAACAAGGACUUCUUAAAGGCAUACUCCUGAAAGAGUGGAGGCUGUUAGCAAUCGACUUUACGAAGAAGCUUUUUAACCAAAGAAAUUUAAGUUUAAUUACCAAGAGAUUCUAGUUGCAUCUCCAAAAACUGCGAGUUAAACAUAACGAUCAGAAAAACAUUUAGUUAGACAUUUUGUCAAACAAUUCUAUGAAAGUAUAACUAAUGCCAGAAUUUGGACUUUGGAUCAUUUGGAUGAGAAUCUAAAUAAAAUCGACUUUAAAUUUGAAAUAGAAAAUGAUCUGUGUUUAUUGACAAUAGAUGAACUUGCAAUAACAUUGGAUAAUCUUGGAUUUGCUCCAUAUUAAACUUAUGAUCAUACAAAUCAAGACAAUAUUGUUUUCAGAAUAUUCAGAGUGUUAUAAUGUCCCGAUGAUUUAGACCUCAUAUUGUCUAGAAAUUUAUUAACUUUCCUGUUAGCAAUGCAAGGGUUUCAUGUGGACUUCUAAUUGUUACCUAAAUACAAUAAUAAUUAUAGUAUUCAAUUUCCAAAACAAUACAAAAAUGAUCUGGUUGAAUUUGAAGAUGGGAAUGUAAUUAUUUAGAAUUAAGAAGUAAUAUCCAAAUAGUUUAAUCAAUUAUAUUUAAAUUAUUUAGCAUAUAAAAAACAAAACAAAAAGCUUUAGGAACAAGACCAGAAUUAACAAUUCCAAUCACAAAAUAAAUCUAACUCAUAAACUAAUGAAUUAGCUAAUAAAUAUAGAGCACGAGUACAAUCUUAGAUAACUGAAACUAAGCCAAUCAAUUUGAAUGACUAUGAUCACUAUUAUCAAAUGAAGAAGGAAUAAUUAAAAUAGGAAAUUGAUACUAAUAUCAAAUAGUAAUGUCCUUUUUCACCCAAAAUCAAUUCAACUUAAACUAGCCCCAGGUAUCAUUUGAAUAAGAAGAAAGUACUUUCUCCAAAAAAGGAAGAAACUCCUACAUUCCAACCAAACUUAAAUAAAUCCCAGCUGUCCUCAAUGAAUGAUUUGAUUCCAUUACCUGAAUAAAGAGAAGCUAUUAAGAGAAUGGUGAAAGGGAGAGUUGAAAAAUAAUUGAAUCAGAUAAUCAUUUCUUAAGGAACUUGUUAUUAAAAAAAAAGAAAAAAUAUUGAACAAUAACUUUAUCAGGAAGAGAUAAGCAAAUUAAUUUAAUAACCAAUAAUGUAUAUCAACGUAGCCUUAGAGAACAAUGCUACCAAAAAGAUAGCAAUUUACCCAGGAGAUCAACCAAGAAAAUUAGCAGAGAAGUUUAUCAAAGAUAAUAGACUCGACCCUAAUUUAGUAAAUUAGUUAACUUAACUUCUUGAAGAAUAGUUACUUAUUUGA